AAUAGCGCCCGCAAUUUAAUUGCUUGAGGCAUUUUGUCCCUGUUCCCCUUAUUAUUAAUACCUUGAGCCAUUUCUGAACAAUCUAAUCCCAAGGAAGGACUUUCAAAAUACCAUAAGACCACCACCCUCCCUCCAUUUCACCAUGUCUACUACAACUACAAUUACACACGCUGAGCCAAUUACUGCUCAGAGUAUUCUUCGACUUUUCCCUGACAUUGACACGAGCUCUGCAGAACUUGAAGGACACGAUGAAGAGCAGAUCAGAUUGAUGGAUGAAGUCUGCAUUGUUCUAGACGAAAAUGAUAAGCCUAUUGGAAACUUCAGCAAGAAGAUAUGUCAUCUCAUGACAAACAUCGACAAAGGCCUCCUGCAUCGCGCAUUUUCCGUCUUUCUUUUCAACUCCAAGAAUGAAUUACUACUCCAACAACGUGCGACCGAAAAGAUCACAUUCCCCGAUAUGUGGACUAACACCUGCUGCUCCCAUCCUCUUGGCAUACCUGGUGAAGGCGGUUCUGAGUUGACUGAAGCUAUCAUGGGAGUCAAGAGAGCAGCGCAAAGAAAGCUUGAUCACGAACUUGGUAUCAAACCUGCGCAGGUACCCAUCGAGGACUUCAAAUUCUUGACCAGAAUCCACUACAAAGCACCCAGUGACGGAAAAUGGGGAGAGCAUGAAAUUGACUACAUUCUCUUUAUUACCGCUGAUGUCGACCUCGAGCCAAACAUGAACGAAGUCCGCGAUACUCGGUAUGUUUCUGCCGAUGGACUCAAGACUAUGUUCACCGAUCCUUCUUUGAAGUUUACACCUUGGUUCAAGCUUAUCUGCAACUCUCUCCUAUUUGAAUGGUGGGAGCACAAAGACACCGAUCUCGAGAAGUAUAUGAAUGAGCAAGAUAUCAGAAGAAUGUGAGGACGAUCUUGCAGGGACAAAUCAAAUUGAAGAUGAAUGAAUAUGGAGGAGUUAUUGAGGAGCUGAGAAUGUCACCAUGCAUGAUGCACAUUGCAUAUUGGCCUUGAGGUUUAUCGCGAUACCAAGUUUAUACCCAACAGAAAAGCGAAUCAUUUGAUUACGCCUAAUUAAUAUCAUCCAGUACGAUCAACGCGGGCCAAUCCCGAAUAUUUAUUCCAAUCGGACAUUCUGUGUCUGACAAUAUGCAACGCAAUACGUCCUACUUUUGCAUGUUUCCAAUUUCUUUUCUAUCUUUACAUUACUUUUGACUUUUGACUUAUGAUUACUUUUCUUCAUCUAAUACUAUCUAUCUUUCUUAUCCAUCCAUCCUUUUAUCUCGCUUACUCAAUUCCUAUUUUCGUCGCUGUUCCACGCUAUUCAUCUUAUCUCCCUUCAGUGGAGUGGAGUAGGAUCGUAUCAAAGUCGGCGGACGGGGCGCGACAGCCUUCAAAGAUUACUCCGAUAUCUAACCAGAUUUGGGAGGUCCAGCCACAGACCCUUUGGACCAGAUGAUCGCACAUGGCGUCCCUUGUCAAACUUAACAAGUAAAGUAUCCAUGUAUUGAUUGUUUAAGGGUUGAUAUCAAUCCAAUCAGCUCAUGGAAUUUUCCAAGAAUCAUGCGGCAGGCUACACUUGCCCCAAGGGAUUUCACACACUCGAUCCUGUUGGUUGCCCUCAAUCUUUAUGCUUACCUCGUGCUAGCAUACAAGUGGAGUUAUGCAGUGUUUAAUUGUGGCAUGGUUAUCGUUGAGGAUUACCUUAACGUUUUGAGUUCGUAGUGAUAACUACAUAAACCUCGACC